AUGGAUCAAUUUCAUGACAAAUAUCCAUCACUGCUGAAUAUUUGUCAUGAAAUUGAUCCACCACCAUCGAAUGAUCAUAUUCUUCAAUAUUUAAUCUCAAAUGUUAAACGGCUAGAUCUAAUGAUGAAAUUGAAUCCACAUGAACAUCUGGACGAUAUGGUGAAUACGAUAGAAAAUAUCGAACAUCGACAAACAUUCAAGAAGUUUCUUCAAGAUUAUAGACAUUUAUUUGAUACAUCCAAGAUCAUAGUUGCAAAGACGGAAGUAUCUUAUCUCAUUAACACAAAAACACAUUCUCCACCAUGUUCGAAAUGUUAUACAAUGAGCAAAAAGAGAGAAGACGCUUUAUAUGAUGUUCUUGUGGAAUUAAUAAAGACUGGUUUGAUUUCAAAAGCUAAAUCACCGUAUGCGGCUCCCGCACCAUUACACCGAAAAGAACAUUUAGCUCAUAUACAAAAGGUUUUAGAAUGUCUAAAUCGCAACAAUUUGAAACUGAAUCCACUAAAAUGUUCAACAGCACAAACGAAAAUCAGUUAUCUCGGCCACACAAUCACGGCAUCCGCGAUUAUUCCAUUGAAUGAUAAGAUUAAUGCUAUAUUAAGAUUAAAAGAGCCACGAACGUUAAAAGAAGCAAAUCAGUUUAUUGGAGUAUUGUCUUCGUAUCGCAAGUUUAUCCCGAGAUUUCCUGAAGUUGCCGCUCCAAUUCAUGCAAUUACAAAUCUGACUACGAAAAAUCGUCACAAAUUUAAAUGUGAGCAGAAACAGUCUAAAAUAUUCUAUGAAUUGAACAAAAUGUUAACAACGGCUCCACUAUUACUACAAUUUCCUGAUGAUUCAAAACCCUUAAUUUUAUCAGGCGAUAUCCCACAUGGAGAACUAAAAUAUUGA